AAAUACGGAGAAAGUAUCAGCAUUUUUGAGUUUUUAAGUCACUAUUUUGACAUACGGGAUCGUCUUCUUUUGGCUUCCACACCUAACUGACCACGAACUGUGUUUGUAGUUAUUACAUCUUCGAAAAGAUAACUUGUUAAAUUGCGCUGUUUAAUUUAUCAGUGUGUCAACUUUCAAAAAGCUUCGCAGACGUCAGUCAUGCUGUUGUUGGCGUGUUUUCAUCUGAGGACAGGCAAGUUUACGUUCUUGACUCCAACUCAGUCUAUUAUCUCCAGCCUUCCUUACACUGGUGUCAGAAAUGGCAGCCUGCCAGAUCGCCUCUACAGCACUGCCAAAAUGAGGAAACAGGAGAGCCACUUUUGUGGGGAGCUGGGCCACAUCACAUGCAACUGCCCAGCACCGGUACCAUGGAGCCCAGCACCCCCGGACAGCACAUCUACACGCAACCUGCCACAGCUCGGGGUUGGCCACCUGGACCCACCAGAUGCUGCACCUUAGUGGACAUGAGGUCCACCACCUCCCUGGUGUGCCCGGGGACACUGCUGGGGACAGAAGUGCCAAGACCCUGGAGUUGGAGGGCCACCAAGCACCGCAUCACCAUGAUCACUGGCAAGAGUGCAAAGAUGUGAGGAGACAGGAUGCUCAAAUUGACUGUUGCUGACUGCACUGUUGAGCAUCAUCAGCCUUGACCUGCUGGUGGAGAGGGGGGCCAUGGUAAAAGUGCCUGGGGCUGCACUAUGCCUGGGUAGGAUGCCAUGGCUCUCCACACUGCUAUAGGGAAUGGAUGAGCCCAACUGCCACACUGGAUCGGCCGGCUGGAGUGUCACACAUUUCACCAGGGCCAGCCAGGGGCUCAUCCAUACCUACACCUGAGUGUGUACCAAAACCAGGUGAGCUAGAGAGAGGGCUUGUACAAGAAGAGCUACAGAAGGAAGAAGAACUGGUGUGGUCAGCACACCAAGGAAUCGGACACUGCCACACGACAGCUUCCCCCGCCAGCAGAUGUGGGGACUCCCUCGCAGCCCAGAGGGUGCUGACCCAGCACUCACCUGCUGCCCUGCAGCAGCACCAGAACAGCUCGUCCUGACCGGGGGCAACACUCCAGGCCUCGUAUGCACUGCCUCAAUAAGUUGGAGGCCAUUGUGGUGGAGAUGCAGGACCCAAAAAGUGGAGUGAGAGGUGUGGAGCAGAAACUCAACAUUACUAUUAUCCCACAUGUCAUUUCUGGUAAGGACAUCAUUGCAUGGAUUGCUAACAAGAUGAAAACCCCUCCAGAAGAGGCUCUUGCCUUUGGCACCAUGUUAGUGUCCUAUGGCUACAUCUAUCCCCUGCAUAACCACAAGAAGCUGGUCAUGUGCAAUGACACCAGCCUUUAUCGCUUCCAGACCCCAUACUUCUGGCCUACACAGAAGUGGGUUGCAGAAGACGUUGACUACGCCAUUUACCUGGCAAAGAGGAACAUCCGCAAAAAAGGUGUAUUAGAACCCUAUGAACAGGCACAUUACAACCACCUUCAUGAAUGGCUGAACUACAAGUGGGACUUCAUUGUAAUGCAGGCCACUGAACAGUACAAGGCUGGUAAAGAGAGGAAGAAGCCGGAUCGUGUGGUGUUUGACUGCCAGGAGAGGGCUUAUUGGAUAGUGAACAGGCCUCCGCGUCGUACUCACAGUGCUAUGGAUUGUGGUCCAGACCGUCUUAUUGAUCCCAAUGCAGAUGAGAAAAUCACCUUUGACCAGUACAGACGCAUGAACAUGUUCUAUCAACAAGCCAUUAUGAGGUCAAAGGUCAAAUCAAGUGUGUCCCUUGGAGUACUGGUCAAGUACAUCACAACAUACAAAAACCAUGACCCGUUCCUGGCUCCCUGUCUACCCAGCAACCCCUGGCAAACAGAUACCGACACAUACUGGACACUCAACAUGAGAAGAGUUGACAUUCCUACUAAGAUGCGAGUAGAGCGCUGGUCCUUCGGCCUAUUUGAAUUGCUGACUGACCUGCGAGGCCGAGACGACUUCAAGAUCUUCCUCAAGAAAGAGUUCAGCGGGGAGAACUUGGCUUUUUGGGAAGCAGCUGAAGAACUGAAGUGGGGCACUGCAUCUUCCAUAUCAACAAAAGCUGAGAGCAUCUUCAAGACCUUCCUGGCCCCCGGUGCCCCACGCUGGAUCAAUAUUGAUGGUAGGACAAUGGGUCUGACAGUGAAAGGCCUAGAACACCCUCACCGCUACGUGCUGGAAGCAGCUCAGACACAUGUCUUCAUGCUCAUGAAAAAGGACACUUUCUUCCGUUACCUUAAGUCACCAGUGUACAAAGACAUCCAGAAGAAGGCACUGAACCCUGCUCCUCAUAACUUCAGUGCUGCCCAACUGGAGCAAAAUGCUCAGAACCAAAACCCAGGCAUUCAUCCCAUAAUCCUCUGGAAGCAGGAAGAGGAAGAAAAAGUCAAGGCCGCAGCUGCCUCUGCUCCUGUCGAUAUCAAGGCCGUGAUGAGCAAAAUAGACAGAAGAAAUAGAGAUAUACAGUAGAAGUGUGUGCUUGUGUUGUACAUGUCAUGUCAAAUGCCAAGUAUAAACACUGGAGCCCGCUUUGUGUUAUGGGCUACAGAAGGAAUUGUAUCACACUUCGUUGUUCUAUUAGAAUAUUAUAGAAUGUGAGAAUUGAGUUUUCAUGGAUACAUACUUGAUGGUGGAGGCAGAGAGAGAACUAGUGGCCCAAACUUAGCCAAAGUCCCAGAUUAGAUAGCUUGGGAAAAUGACAGUGACUGAUUGGGAGUGGGCACACAUUUAUUAAUCUGCUUUAUUAAAUUUCGAUCAUAGAGUGCCAGGUCUUCAUGUCACUACAUUUACAAGUCAUACACAAACAGUAGAAUAUCUACAAUAAUCAUAACCUGGGCCCCUUGUUAUGGAGGAGAAUAAGUCUAAUGGAUGUUGAUUGGAGAGAAACAUGACAACCAUCUUAUAUACAGUACUCAACUAGAACAUACCUUGUGGCACUACUCUGUGCUACAGUAGAGCCACAUUACUAAACUCUGGCUGUAUAACAUUCCAUCAAGAUUGAAAUCCUCACCAGUUUUUUAGGAAGUCCUGCAAUACACUCAAGUGCUUGCCAUAAGUUGGUUAUAUUCUGUCAAGUCAUGUCAAAAUACAGUAAGUACAGUGUAUCAACAAACCUAAAUUCAAAUGUAAGUAGUUACUGAGGAAUGAAUUAAGAGUGACCAGAUAAUCAAAAUGUUGAGUAGCUCCUGAAUAACUCACUCAAUGAUAAUAAUAAUGAUAAUAGAUAGUUAUGAAUUGCCGGAUAGGCUACAUAUAUAAAUAAAUAUUCCCAAAAGUAAAGUGAUCCAUCCUACUGAGUAGUCCCUCUCUCAUUACUUGAUUUUCUGACCUGAAGUAUAGUGGCAGAUCUAGAAAAUUUUACAGUGGGUAGCAAAGGGAUGGCAAGACGUUGUGGAAGGGUGGCAUGAUUUGCACAUAUAUUGUUUUAUGUCCCAGAUAUAUAAUAGACUUCAAACUUAUUUUGUUUAAUGAAAUGCUAUGUUACUACACUGGAACUUAUAUUUAAGUGACAGAGAAUAAAAUCCUACCUUGAGAUCCAGCUGGAAUUCUUGUCUCCCUGUCUCUUCAUCUUUCCCUGCUUCUGUCCCUCUUUUUGACUGUGUUUUAUCCUAAUCUACAGUACUCCACACAUUUUCUUUUUUAUUUCCUCACCCGCUCUGUGCAUUUGUCCUGCUAUGUCCUGCCCACUCUCUUCUCCUUUUCAAUUUCUCUGCAUAUUCUGUCCAUCAAAGUGUUUUCAUGUUGAAAUAUUGAAAUUUCUUGAUUUCUGAUUUGCACUGCAGACCAGUCCAACUACUGUGACCUAGGAUAGUCAGGAUAUGAAACCUCAUGAUUAAAAUACAUUACAUUGUAUGAACAUGUAAUUAAUAAGUUAAAACAAAACUAAAAUAUUAAAGAUUUAACACCAAAUGAUAGAUAUUUAAUUGUUAGGUCACAUGCCAAUGUUGUGCCUCUCUAUCUCUCCUUGGGCUUUUGGUGGAGC